AUGGAUUGGGAGCACGGCACUUCGGUGUCGAUUGAGGAUCUCGUUGAGAAUUGGGACAAUGAUGAUUUCCUGCUUGAUGAUGGCGACGAUUGGGGUGUGCUCAGCAUCGGCGGUACUUCUCCCGCCUUUACAAAUAUACACAGCCAUCAUCGUGACAGCCACUCUUCAUUCCGCUCUGAUCGCGAGUCUCUACCCGGGAACGACGAGAGGCAGGUACAUCUGCCCGGGGACGACGAGAAGUCUACCCUGGACGCUAUUGCUGCGGCGACCCACGCUGGGAUUCCUAUCCCCACCAACGUCCCGCCCUCUGCUUUGAUGGGAGGUACCAUCAAGCGACUCGGAGGAAGAAAGGUGAAGAAGAUCUUUCAGGAAGAUUACGGAGAUGAUCUGGAGAUCCCUGUCUCUGGCCCGCUCCGACUUCAGCCCCAGGACGGCAGAAAAUACCCCGAGGCUUUGAGACAAGUGAGCUUGUCGAGUCCGACGAAGCAGGUGACCGCUAUCGCCACCCAGGGGACGACCUAUGAGAACAUAUUUUCCAAGGUACCAAAGGCCCUGGCCACGCCUAUCAAUCUAGACAAAUUUCGGGACACAGACGAUGACGACGACCUUUUUGGCGACGGCGUCACGACUAUCAAGGCAUCCAAGUUUCUGCCCCAACUCAAACCCGCAUCCCUCGUCACUCCGCCCACGCCUUCGCCCCAGAAGAAGAAGCAGGACGAUGACGGAUUCGAGGGCGACCUGGAACUGCCAUCUGACGGAUUGCUGAAGCUUUCUCGGAAAGUCGAUAUUCCCAGGACGCUCGCACUAAGCGUCACCGACGAUUUUGAUUGGGGAGAGAGCAGCCUCGGAACUCGUUCUGGCGGUACGAAACGAGAUGCUUUCUCAACCCACAGCUCCGUGUCUGCUAUGAGCCCUAGUCUUGCUAGUUCCAUCACCGCCGAGAGCGAGGAUGAGCUUUUUGACGGCCUAGUGCUACCCCAGGGCCCCUUGAACCUAGGCGAGCGAUUGAAGCGACGGAAGCAAGGCUCUCCAGAGGGGCAGUCGAGGCGAUCCGCGUCUAUCAAACGGAUACCUUCGCCCAAGAACAUGGCGGAGCCAGCUGUUGACAAGGAGGAUAUAUUGUCUGGACUUGACUUUGGCGAUGGCGACGUGUUUAGCUCCCGCAAGCUCACCUUGCAUCGCAAUGUUAAGGUUAAGGAGACUCGGCCGGCUAGUCCUGUCCGGCCCAAGACAUCCGUUUCCGUGACCUUUACCAACAAGCCGGCAGCGCCGGGUAUGACGUCUCGUCUACCUCGACCCAUGGGACUUGAACGUACGCAAACCCUUCCCGCUCUCGAGCCCGUGUCCGAAAGCGGCGGGCCUAUCCCCCAACGCCCCUCGCGCAGAUCUCAGUCCCGUCUCGGCCACUCUGCGCAAUCUUCGGUCUCGAGUAUCUAUACCCCUACUACCCCUUCCUCCGUUCAGUCUACCCAGUUCCCAACGCCGAGACGGCGAGAGGUAAGCCAGAAGGCAUCCGUGAGCGCCUUGCGCAACGAGCCUACCACCACCAACGCGCAGUUGUUACGAUUGAAGCGUUCUCUCCCGGCUUUGCGUCAUGCCGCGCCGCUAGCCAAAACGGUGGUGUCGCGGUUCGACCGACCCCCCUCUCGCACGGAUUCUCGUGUCGAGCCUGGUCGACCCCAGUCCUUCAUUCGACCCAAGACUCCAAUCGACCGUGCCCGUCCUACUGUCGAUACCAAUGCGGCGCAGCUCAGGAAGAAUCCGGCGCCUUUCUUGCCUGCCGGCGCGUCACAGUCCCAGUCUCAGCACAUCAGCGUCAAAGCCCCGCGGGUCUUCCGUCGCCAUGAUUCCGACCAAGGUCCAGAGACACGACCUUUGUCUCGCGCGAUGUCCCGUGCUGGGAUGCGAUCACCGAGCCCAAGAAGAGCGCGCAAUGAGAAAACAUCUGCGGAACCGAUUUGGCAGCAGCUCAGCAAGCCGCGCCGUGUUCGACGCUUCGGCGAUGGCCAUGAACUCGACUCGUUUGACGAUCUUCCCACUUCAGCGCAGGCAGAAUCUAAAUUCAUGAAGCAGCCAGUCGCAGCCGGAUCACGAACGAACAUCCGGAGUAAGCUCUACCAGAACGUCCUACCAGAUCGAAGCACGCCGAGCCCCGUAUCUCCUUACUGCCCGGCCAAGACGGACUUCCAACCCCACUUUGCACGAGAUACAGCUGCCAGUCGCAUCGCCAGAGAGCACAUUCUCGCACAGCGCUCGCCUGCCUCCGGGCCCCUGGCUCUUGCUAGUCAGCGAAUUCCGCAGCUAUCCGGUAGAACGAGCCUCGUCCACCACAACGUAUCGAGAACCAAGAAAUCCCAGAAGGCGCCGCAGCAGAAGCCGCACUUGAUCUCCAAUCUCAACUCGGCAAGGGAGACUAAAGUUGUAAACGGGAUGAAAUAUAACCCGAGAACCUUCCGCUGGGAGGGUAACGACAACGCAUUAAACGCGUUUGACGUGCCCGCCCCAUCACCAGUAACGGCGACGCUACCUCCACACAUGACACGUGAUAGAGAGGGCUCUGCCUCUAGGCCGUUACUUAUCACCAACAUGACGGCUACUAAGGGUGUUAAGCGGGUUGGUGACAUGGUCUUCGACCCGCAGAAGAUGUGCUGGUUGAAGGCGGAUGCGUCGACAUUCCCAUCCGAUGAUCCUAUGGAAGGAUUCAACGCGAUGGACGACGACGACGACGACGACCCGUUCAAGGACAUUCCCGACCUCAGCGAGAAGGACAAAGAUUCCGUCUCGGGUGGACACGGCCGGGGAAACGACUUCAGGGAUGACUGGCUAGUAGGUGAGGAGUUUGACGUGGGCCCGGAAUUCAUCCGACGCCAGCACGAAGAAGAGGUGCGCUGGCGCCGAAAGUGCGGAAACUGGGACGACGGCGAAGAGCGCGACCAAAUCCAGUUACGAUGGGCGCUUAGAAAGAUGAUCAUGGAGGAAUGA